UUAAUCUUAUGUGGAUCUGUGCGAGGUCAGUCUACAACAUUGGCGAGCCUGGGUAAUAUACGCUCUGGGAAUUUAAACACGAUUGUUUUGAAUUGUCGAUACUAUCCUAUCAUAUACUAGUGUCGCAACCCAAACAAUAUAUAGAUAAUGGAUGUAAGCAUGGACGAUAAAAUUGAAAGAAUUGAUACCAUAAUUGAAAAGUUAAAGUUUUUGUUGAAGUACAUUUAUGAUUUUGUGGAUCAACUAAAAAACGUUGUGGAGAACAGUCUACCCUUUCAGAUUCGAAGGUCCUCCAAAAACGACAAAACUAAUGCCAAGCUCGCAAACAUGCAAAAUACCAUAGAACAACCAAAAGUAAAAGGAUUGGAUGAAAUUGCUGGUAUGACGGGUAUUAAGAAAACAUUAUAUGCACUUAUAACGCUUCCUAGAAGUCAGCCGCAGCUUUUUACCAAUCGAUCAAUCAGCAACAGUUUCUUGCUUUUUGGCCCUCCCGGCACUGGUAAAACUAGAUUGAUACACGCGUUGGCAGCACAAUCUGAAGCUGUGUUGCACACACUUUCUAUUAGUGAUGUUAUGUCCUCUUAUGUUGGGGCGACUGAAAAGAAUAUACAUAACUUAUUUCACAGUUUAAAUGAUUCUGACCAAUUGAAAAUACUUUUUAUGGAUGAAAUUGACAGUCUAUGCAGAAAAAGGACCAGUUCGGAGCAUGAAUAUACUAGAAGAAUUAAAACCGAAUUGAUGUGCCAAAUUAGCAGAGUAGAAGACUGUAAAAAUAUGGUUAUAAUAGCGGUCACCAACUGUCCAUGGGAAUUAGACACUGCUAUAUUAAGACGCUUUCAAAAACGAAUCUAUGUACCUCUGCCCGGACCGCAAGAAAGGGCCCAACUGUUCACGUUAUUUAUGCGAGGUACGCCUGUACUUGAUGCUAACGAACUAGAGCAGCUCGUCCAAAAGACUGAAGGAUUUUCUGGAUCCGACAUCGCAACCUUGGUUCAAAACGCCUUGGACAUACCCAUAGCCGAGUUACAGUAUACCAGAAUAUGGGAGUAUACAGAUGAUGCAUAUUAUACACCGUUUGCCUUUGAUAGCAACGUGUCAGACGACGAUAUAUAUGCCAACGUACAUAUAGUCAAUUUAGAAGAUUUACCCCGUUGUUCGGUGCGAGCCAGACCAUCAACUUUCGCCGACUUUCUGGAAGCUACCGAAAAUACCCAGCCGACCGUGUCCUGGGAUAGUGUGAAACAGUACGAACAAUUUACUUGCAAACGCUAAUAAAACAAACU